UGACGUCACCCUAAGCUUGUUUGCUUCUUUUAAAGCUUUUGAGUGUUAAUGGUUUUGGAGUGACUGUUUAAAAAUAGGGUUCUGCAGAUUCAAUAUAGAGAAUUGGGUUUUGGCUAUUAUUUGGAAGAGAAGUGACCUGAACUAGUGAAAUUGUAUUUAGUUAACUAAAAUGAUGAAUGCUUGGUUUAUGAUCUUCCUUGCAGCUUGUUUGUUCUCCGUGUCAUACAGCGCACCAACGUCUGUGGCCUGGUGUUAUCACAUGCCAUCAUGUAGUGACAUCACAUGGCCCAUAAUUGCAGAAAAAGACUGUAAUGGCACUCAACAGUCACCAAUCGAUAUUACAACUGCCAAUGUCCAGGCUAAUGCUAAUCUGACCUCUUUCAACUUCACUGGCUACGAUGACAAAACUACCUUAACUGAGAUUAAGAACACUGGCAAGACAAUUAAAGUUACACUUGAUCACAAGAGAAUGCAUGUGGAAGGAGGUGAUCUGCCAGGCUCAUUUGCUAGUACGCAGUUUCAUCUCCACUGGGGAAAUAGUAGCGCCAUGCCUGGAUCUGAACACACUGUGGAUGGCAAACGAUACCCUAUGGAGCUGCACAUAGUGAAUAAGCUCAAACAUAAUGAUUCAACUAUAUUGGCUGCACUUGGUUUCUUCAUUGAGGCCACUAAUGACACUGGUAAACCAGAGAGCUGGAAGACCUUGACCUCUUACCUGACAAAAAUAGCCAAUGCAGGUGAUAAAGCAUGCAUCACUCAAUAUAUCUCUAUGGAUGAUCUGCUUCCUGGAGUGGACAGGACAAAAUAUUACCGUUAUCUUGGCUCUUUGACCACACCAAAUUGCAGAGAAGGUGUGGUUUGGACCAUCUUUAAAGACCCUGUCAAAGUCAGCCAGGAUUUGAUUGACCUGUUCAGCAUGAGGGUUUACGUCAACAAGGUGACCAACUCUCCCCUAAUGGUGGACACAUUCAGGGGUGUACAGCCAGUCAAUGGCAGGAUCGUGACAUCACAGGUGGCCGGUACCACAGCUACUGGUCUUAUAUCCCAAACGUCAUCUAACUUGGACAUUCUAGACCUCUCUUCUGAGUGUCAUACCUCUGAACCUUACCCUGCGUUUGAUUUCUCAACUGAUGCGUACUGGUAGGAUUCAAGUGGGACGGCUGACAAUGUUAUGAAGUGUCUUAAAUUAUUUUUGAGUAAUAUUUUAUUGAAUUGUAAAAAUAACUGUUUUACUUGUUCCAGAUUUGUCAGUCUUGUCCGAUUUAUAUGGAUCUUUCAUUAAUUUUUUUUUUUUUUUUUGUGUGUAUCCUGCUAGUUCAUGUAUGUGUAUCUCUAUGUCCAACACUAUUUUUAACAAGUUACUAUACAACUAAAGCUCAAGAGCUGCUGUUUUACAGGUGUAUGAGGUUUUGUAUAUUGGUGUUUGCAAACAUGCUUGACACACUUUAUUUUGCCAUCAAGGCAUUUAUUUAUUUUUUUUUUUUCCCCUCAGUUUUGCACUUUAGAAUGAAACACAACUAACGCUUUUAGAGCUGUAAUGUAGUUGCUUAAAGGUGACUAGUCUCCAUCUGAGUGUAGACACAAAUGAAUUUGGUUUAAGUGUGGUUAUCAAUUUAAGCUGCUGUUCUUAGUUUGAGUAAUUCAAGAAUGUUUAAGGUUUUAAAGAAUGGUCUCGAUCUAGCAGAUGUGCUUGUUGUGACUGUCAUUCAGUGGCACUUGUCUGUAGUCAGGUUUUUUUUCACUGAUCUGGAGUAAUAACUUACUAAAUAUGGUUUAUCCUUUUAUGUACGGUUUAUGCACAAGGGGUUGGUUCUUAUCUUUAAAUGGUAGUUUUAUCUUGCCUUUGCACCAACAUGUGAAUGACUUGUCAAAACACUGCCUUUAAUUCAUACUUGAUUCAACUAAUCUGUAAACAAUUUUAUUCAUUUUAAUGUAUAAUGUUGGGGGGGGGAAUAAAAUAAAGUCUGUCAUGUUCUCA